AUAGUAUUAUGCAACACUGUGUUUCUUGUUGCAGCCGACUAUUUUUACCAGACGAUUUGAAAAUCCGGAUCAUUUUAUACAGUUUUUUUUACAAUGUAUUCGCGAAAAGAAAAACUCAUUAAACAACUUACAGCACUAGUGACUGUAACUUUAGGAGGAACUGCAACUUUUGCUAGUCUUUGUAUUUGGAAUGGCAACGAGAGCUUUUUUUCCGAUUAUGUAAUGCCCUUCACUCGUCGUCUUGAUCCAGAGACAUCUCAUAAACUUGCCGUGUUUGCCAUGAAACAUUGUCUCAUUAAAAAACAAGUGAAACCUGAUCCAGAAUCUAUAGCCACCAGGUUGUGGGGGAUGAAUUUUUCAAACCCUAUUGGAUUGGCUGCAGGGUUUGACAAACAAGCAGAAGCUAUGCAAGGGUUACACAGAACAGGGUUUGGAUUUGUUGAGAUUGGUUCUGUUACCCCAGAGCCUCAAGAUGGAAAUAAAAAACCUAGAGUAUUUCGACUUGAUGAAGACAAAGCCAUCAUAAACAGAUAUGGAUUCAACUCUGAAGGCCAUGAAGCAGUAUACAGUAGAGUGAAGAUGGAAGGAGAAAAGCCAGAAAGAGCUGUUAUAGGAGUUAAUUUAGGAAAGAACAAACUAUCCGCUAUGGAAGAUGUAGGAGAUUAUGUCGAUGGAGUGAAAAAAUUUGGUGCCAUUGCUGAUUAUCUAGUCAUCAACGUAUCCAGCCCUAAUACUGCGGGGCUGAGGGGACUCCAGCAAAAAAACGAGCUAGAGAAUCUCAUUUCCUGUGUUUUGGAAGCUAGAAACAAUCUUGGAGUUACUAAACUGCCUCCACUUCUGCUCAAAAUUGCGCCAGAUCUCAAUGAAGAGGAAAGAAAAGAUAUUGCCAACGUCAUUUUGAAGGAUCAUUGUCGUGUAGAUGGUAUUAUCGUGUGUAACACUACCACCAGUCGACCAUCUGAUCUAAAGAGCGAAUUCAAAGAUCAAACUGGUGGCCUGAGUGGUCAACCAUUAAAGGACAUUUCCACUCGCUGUAUCGGAGAUUUCUAUCGUCUGACAGGCGGCCAAAUUCCUAUUAUUGGUGUCGGUGGUGUUGCUACCGGCCAGGAUGCUUUCGAAAAGAUUCUGGCUGGCGCCAGUCUUGUCCAAUUAUACACUUCCUUUGCUUUUCAAGGUCCACCUAUCGUCAGGCGAAUCAAACGCGAAUUGGAUGAAAUUUUAAGAUCGAAAGGAUACAAAAAUAUCUCGGAAGCCAUUGGAAAAUCUGCGUUGAGUAGUUAAAAUUUUAAACAGACCAGCUAUAUACAUUUAAGUAUGUUCUAUUGAUUAUGUUUACCGUCAAUACAUGCCAGAAUUUUAUUGCAUA